AUGAUGGCCUCCAAGCUGAUGCGGCCAGCUUUCGCCGCUGCCCGUCGCACAGUCCCCAGAACAGCUGUCCGAACAUACGCAGCUCCGGCCGCCGCAGACACGAAACCCCCAGUGCCCUUGUUUGGACUCGACGGGACUUAUGCGAGUGCUCUGUAUACGGCGGCUGCCAAACAGGGCUCUUUAGAGCCAACGGCCAAGGCUCUCAGCAGUCUGGAACAGAUCUUCAAAUCCGACGCCAAACUCCCCCAAAUUCUCGCCGCUCCCACCCUCUCCGACACCGACAAGUCACAGAUUAUUGCGGAACUGGAAAAGCACACCGGAGCCUCCGAUAAAUCCAACACCGUCAAGAACUUCCUGCAAACCCUCGCGGAGAACAACCGGCUGAGCUUGCUUGAGGGCGUCUGUGAGAAGUUUGGCACCCUGAUGAGUGCAGCAAGAGGAGAGAUGGAAUUGAUUGUGACCAGCGCCUCGAAACUCGAUGACAAACUCCUUCGCCGUCUCGAAGCCGCUAUUGCGAAAUCCGAAUAUAGCCAAGGCAAGAAGCUGAAGGUGGUCACAAAAGUCAACCCAGAUAUCCUCGGCGGACUCGUGGUCGAGAUUGGCGAGCGAACCAUUGACCUGAGCGUGUCCAGCAAGAUUUCCCGAUUGAACAAGCUGCUCAACGAGACCGUGUAA